CUUUCCUAUUCAAGUAAUAUGUGAUUGGAUGAAUUCCAAUUCUCAAGCAUUGGCGCUCCCGCGGGUGAGAUUGAGGGAAGGGUUUCAUCCAAGAGGAUCAGCCGAUGGAAGUGGCGGUGCGGUGCUUACGGCCCCACCACCAUGGCCGCGACACCGGUUUCGGUGGAGCUCUGGUUGGGCUUAGUCGCCGUCGUCCUCCUCCUUCCUCCGCUGGGCUUUUCCGCGUUGGACGAAGAGGAGGUACUGUGAAAUGCAGCAGCAGCAGAGAUGAAAUCGGGAGCGAAGAGUGGCUGGCCAAGGCUUCGCCAUAUGAGGUGCUUGGCGUGGAUGAAUUGUGCACCCUCGACCAGCUCAAGGCAGCCUUCCGCGCCAGGGUGAAGGAGUUCCAUCCGGACGUCUGCCGAGAUGCCGGUGCUUCCGAGGCCAUUAUUCGUCGGGUGAUCCAAGCGUAUCAGGUGCUGUCUAAUACUGAUGGCAGGGGCCAAAUGAUUGAAAGGGAAUGCACAGAUCCAUUUGAAGAGCCAGAAUGUGAGGCAUUUGAUAUUUUUGUUGACGAGACUCGUUGUAUUGGAAGAGGAUGCCCAUAUUCGUGUGUAAAGAGAGCACCACAUGCUUUUUCAUUUAAUCCUAUGACUGGAGCAGCAUGUGCAUCUUCCCAAGCAGGACAUGGUGACGACUAUCUAGUUCAGCUGGCAGUUGGCCAGUGCCCAAGGAACUGCAUAUAUUACGUCUCACCUUUGCAGAGGGUUAUUCUAGAGGAGAUACUCAGCAGCAUUCUGAACUCUCCAUAUGCUACACCCGAGGUCAAUUCGCUGGAUUCUCUGCUUGCUAAAGCGAAGUUUGAAAACAAUAGGCAUCGGAAGCCAAAAAGACCUGCUAUUAAGAAUUUUACACAGUUUGUUGAUUGGUUCUAAGUUGUAAUAUUUUGGGAUGAAUGGCUCUGUAAUGAUGAAAUACUACUAUCUGGAAAUUCUGUAAUUCUUUUGGUUUUUUCUUUGCUCAACUCGCCCUUGUGGUUGUCUCAUACAGUGCGCCUACAGUUGGGCCCUUGGAUCAGUAGAACAUGCCGAGCGUAGAGAUCUACAUUUUUCACACUUUUGAUAAAUAAAAUUGGUAGUAUGUUUUUGGA